GUGAGCUGUGAUUGGUCACAGCUUGUCACAUGGUACAAGGCUGUUGUGAAUAGCCUUGUACCAUGUGACCUCAGUGAUCAUUCACAGAUUUUACACAUAGUAAGCAAUGAUGUCACAAGUGAUAUCUUGCUUACUACUUUGCAUGUGAUCACUGAUUGGCCAAUCAGACUCUUCUUCUCGUCUGUGGGGGAAACUCCAACCACAGGUCCACACAGCAGCCUCUCAACUUAUUCAUCUGGAGCUCCUCAGGUUCUCAAAAGGCUGGCCAUACACUGAUCAAUUCAAUUAUGGAUUUUUUUUGUUCAGCAAAAAUCCAACAGAUUCCUCCAUCCAUGUUAUACA